ACAUUGCUGCCUCAUCCAACCCUAGAAGGAUCAUAGUUCAAAAGGCAUGGAUUGCAUAUCUCCGUUCCUAAGACCGAGAUAUUGGGGCAUAAAUAGGGCAUCAGCCUGCCUUGUUACUGAAAGAGACCAAACUCAUCCCUCCUAUCCACAAUCAUGUCCUAUUCACGCAGCAUCCUCAUCACCGGAGGUACCGCCGGUCUAGGCUACUACUGCACCAUAGAACUCGCGCGCCAAUUUCCCAACUAUCAAGUAAUAAUCGCAUCUCGAUCCGACUCCCAAGAUGCCGCCGGCUCUAUAAACAAACUUCUGGGCCAAACCAACGUCAACUAUCUCCGACUCGACCUCUCCGACCUAUCCCAGAUCCGAUCCUUCGUCCAACAAUGGGAAACCAACAAAUACCCUCCCAUCCAGUACCUCCUCCUCAACGCAGGCCUACAGUUCCCCGGACCCGUCGAAUACACAGUAGACGGAUACGAAAAAACCUUCGCGAUCAACCACAUCGGCCACGUCCUAUUAUUCUCACUGCUGGUCCCGCACCUCGCCCACACAGCAAGGAUAGUAGUUACCUCCAGCGGCACACACGAUCCCGCACAAAAGACCGGCCUCCCCGACGCAAAGUACACCAGUGCGGAGGAGCUCGCUCACCCGACAAAGAGCACAGCCCAGAAUCCCGGCCGCCAGCGUUACUCAACCAGCAAGCUUGCCAACGUUCUUUGGGUGUACGCGCUGCACCGGCGCCUCAAUGAGUCGAAAGAUGCAAAGCUUAAGUCGUGGACCGUUGUUGCGUUUGAUCCUGGUCUCAUGCCUGGGACUGGGCUGGUCCGUGAAGCGAACCCUGUCUUGCGCUUUCUUUGGCAUGUGAUUCUUCCUCGCGUCAUUCCGCUUCUGCGUGUGUUGCUGGGAACACCGAAUAUCAAGUCGCCGCAGGUGUCGGGGGCUACGUUGGCUUGGUUGACGAGUGGUAAGGAGGGUUCGUCGAGUAGUGGGGUUUACUAUGAGGGGAGGGAGCAGAUCCGCUCGAGUGAGGAGAGUUAUGAUCUGAGCAAGCAGGAUGACUUGUGGGAUUGGACUGUAAGGAAUGUUGCCUCUACGGAAGAAGAAGUCGUGCGGUUCUCGUUGACGGAUUAGUCUAUAUGAGUGUUGGGCUUGGUUUGUCUUUUACUUUCACUGUUGGUGUGGGGCUGUAAUCUGAUACUCGCUUUUUAUAUUUCACUGUCUGUUCGUCUACUAUUAUCCUUCCCCAAUGAAUA